AUGGCAGUCGGUAAAAAUAAGCACCUUACAAAAAGCAGCAAGAAGGGAGCCAAGGAAAAUGUGGUUGACCCAUUUUCUAAGAAAGAUUGCUGUGAUGUGAAAGAACCUGCUAUGUUCGAUGUAAGAAAUAUUGGGAAAACACUAGUCACGAGAACUCAAGGAACCAAAAUCGCAGCUGAUGGUAUCAAGAGUCACGUUUUUGAAGUGAGCCCAGCUGAUCUGCAGAAUGAUGAAGCUGUCUACCAAAUCUGGAAGAAGAUGAUGGAAAUCAUGACCCAAGAGGUACAAACAAAUGACUUGAAAGACGUGGUCAAUAAACUGAUUCCAGAUAGCGUUGGAAAGGACAUAGAAAUGGCUUGCCAAUCUGUUUAUCCGCUCCAUCAUGUCUUUAUUAGAAAAGUCAAAACGCUGAAAAAGCCCAAGUUUGAACUGGGAAAACUCAUGGAGCUUCGUGGUGAAGGUGGCAGUUCUAGACAAGCUACUGGGGAUGAGACAGGUGCUAAAGUUCAAUAA